AUCGUAAGCAAAUGGAUGGGUCUGACCCUUUUUGGCCUCAAAAUGGCAGGCACCGGGAAAUGCCUUCUUGUCACCGGCCCUCCUGGUGUCGGAAAAACCACAUUGAUCAUGAGAGUGUUCGACAUGAUUAGGGUUUCCAACCCUAACUUAAAGAUCCAAGGUUUCUACACUCAAGAGAUGAGGGAACGAGGACAAAGGGUUGGUUUUCAAGUGGUCACCUUGGAUGGCCGCACAAGUUUGCUUGCUUCUUCCACUGUUUCUAGUCAAGAAUCAAUGACAUGGCCUAAUGUUGGCAAGUACAAAGUGGACAUUGCAUCCUUCGAGUCUAUAGCAUUGCCUGAGCUUCAGGUCAAAGACGAUACCCAUCUUUUCAUCAUUGAUGAAGUUGGCAAGAUGGAGAUGUUUAGUCCAUCCUUCUUUCCGGCUGUCCUCAAGGUUUUGGGGUCCAACAUUCCUCUUCUUGCUUCCAUUCCUAUCCCAAAAUUUGGUCGAGAUCUUCCUGGAGUGGCAAGGUUGAAGAACCAACCGGGAGUGACUGUAAUCACCCUGAGUGAGAGUAACAGAGACUCCAUGAAAGAACAUAUCUUUGAUGCGCAUUCAAGGUUAGAGAGGUUUGUAUGUGUUAUUAUGGAAGGCCUCAAUGUGCUGACAAAAGAGGUUGAUGAUAAUGGAGUUCCACAUCCUUCCACCAAUGUUGAUUACCAUCUUAGCUUUCUUUUAGCUUCGCAUUUGAGUAACCCAGAUCUCACCCCUCAGCAGAUUGCAGAGGCUUCAAGAUGUACUGCUGCCGCUGCUUCUAUGGCUGCUAAGGCCGCCAGAGCUACUGCAGAUGAGAAAGCCGCUGUUGCAGCAAAAGCCGUCGCUGCUGCUAAAACCGCUUUAGAUUUGAUUGCUUCCUUCCCUCCUAGCCAGGGACUCGUCCAAGACGCAUGUCUCCACAAGGACAGCAUGACGAAGAAGCAUGUUGCUGCCGAGGAUGAUGAAUUACCCUCCAAGUUGCAACUAGGAGACGUCAGUCAGGGCAUAAUUUCAAACUCUUCUUCCAGUUGCCAACAUAAGAACGACCAGUGUGCUCCUCUUCCCAUAGACUCAAGAGAGAGGCUGAAUACAGAGCCUGCCAUUUCCAAGAGGGCGGAUUUCGAUGGCCUUGGCAUGGAGUUAGAUACCGAUAGAUUGAACGAAUCAGUAGGUGGAGAAGGAGCAAAAGAAGGGGUUCAGGUGACCAGGAAAAGGGGGAGGCCAAAGUCCAAAUGAUUUGGCUUCUGCAAUUUUGGUUUAGUCUAUUGGUUGUCAACAGCCGCAAAUGGUGUCUGUACAAUGUGUGUGAGAUUUGAGAGGUCGAUGAAACUAAGAUGGAAGCUCUUUCGGCCAUCUAAUCCGAUUUUCCU